AUGGCUUCCUUUACAAUGGUCUUUGCCCCCAUGGUAACCACCAGAGUAAACACCCGAGUGUACGCCGCAACCGCAGCCAAGGGUGCAGGAGGAAGCAAAGAAGAGAAGGGUUUUAUUGAUUGGCUAGGUGGAGUUAUUGCAAAGGAGGAUCAGCUCUUGGAGGUUGAUCCCAUACUCAAGAAGGUUGAGGACAAGAGUGGUGGAACCACCAACGACCGCAAGAACACGGUGGUGGUGCCGCCGAAGAAGAAAGGUGGGUUUAACCUUGGAGGCCUUUUCGCUAAAGAAUGA